AUGAUGAUUAAAAAGAAUUUUUGUUCAUUUUUUUCACUUUUCGCACAAAAAAACAGGUUUAUUAAUGCUCGACGACGUAUUGUUCAACCAAUGAUUGAUCAAUCAAAUCGAGCAGGACCACAUGGUUAUCCUCCCGAUGCAGCAGGAUGUUUACCUUAUAUGGAUAACCAACAUUUUGCUGCUUAUGGACGACCAGGCUUUCAUCCAUCAUCACUUCGUCCUGAAGAAUUCUAUGCAGCAGCUGCAGCCGCUGCAGUUGGAAAUAAUGUUUCCGUCGGUGAUUUAGAUUGUCAUUUACCUUCUGGAGGACGUUCAAAUCUUCCUGGUGGCGGAGGAGGUGGAGUAGGAGGAUAUAUGUCAAAUUAUCCAGAUUCUGAUUUUCCCAAUUCAAAUAAUUAUCAACGUAGUAAUAGUGUUGGCGGUGGAUUAUUCCCUAAUCCUGGAAAUGCUACCGCUGCCGGUGGUGGGGGUGGUGCUGGUGCUGGUGGUCCUUAUCCACCUCUGCUAGCCGGUGGUCAUCUCCCUUAUACUCCUUACUCAGCACCUUCACCAACUCCAUCAUCGAAUACUCCGAAUAAUAAUUUGCCUGGAAGACAUUCUAGUCAAUUUCCAGGACAAUUUGGUCUAUUUCAAAAUAGUAACAAUAUUUCCGAUAAUAAUAUUAACAAUAAUAAUAGUAAUUAUUCAACAAACGAAUCCAAACUACGUACUUCUGCUGAUGUGGACAGUAUGCAAAAGGCAACAUUGGCUGUUGCUCAAUAUGCAGCAGCACUUGCCCUACAACAACAACAACAACAAAAUUUAAAACGUAACUAUCCUAUAACUACUACUACUACUAAUUUAAGUAACAAUUCUUCAUUGUCCAUUUCAACGACUGAUUAUCAUUCAUCAAAUUAUAGAGGAAUGACUAAUGGACAUUCAACAACGACAUCAGCAACAUCAACAACAACACCAUUAUCUCCAAUACAUAAUGAUAAUUCUUUGCUGAAUGGAUCAAUUAAUCCAAUGAACAACAUUCCACCGGCACAUUUACAACAUACUACAGCCGACUCACCGACAUCUUCAUCUUCCCCAUCAUUUCCAAUAUCGAACAGGCAUGCAAAUUUAAAUUUAUCUAAUUAUAAUCAUCACGUAACUGGUCAUCAUCAUCACCAUCAUCAGCAGCUGCAUCAUCAUUCACAGCAACAACAACAUCAUCCGCAUCAACAACAUCAUACUGCUGGUGGAUUUCUACCGUCUGUCGGUGGACAAGACACUCUAACCCAACCAUCAUUACAAGAUAUUCAUGCCGGUUAAUAGAAAGGUUGGUAUAUACAUGAUAAUACAACUCUACGAAUCAGGAAAUAAUCACUUAUACUGUUUGUUUGUUUUUUUUAACCGCCCCCACCCUCCCCCAAAUACCACUACCACCCCCACCCUCCCCGGUGGAUUGAUAAUAUUCAUCGAAGUGAAAUUCAAAACGAAAAACAAACUAAACCAAAACAAACUCAUAACACAGUGAUAAAUGUUUGUUUUUCUAUCUUUCUGACUCAUUAAUUCAAAACACUAUGCAUAGAGUUCAUUUGAUUUGAUCUGAUUUGAUUUCAUCUCACUUUUCUCUCUUACUCUCUCUUUGUGUAUACUUAUGAAAUACACUAACUUGUCAAUCAAUCAAUCAAUCACUCAAUCAACUGGUUAAAACAAGACUUAUUAUGAUAUAUAGUUUGUAACUUAUUGGUGUAUGUACAUUAUAAUUACUAUUACUAUUACAAUUAUUAUUAUUACUAUUAUUAUUAUGAUUAUGACGAUGAUCAAUUGCUUUCAUUUUGCUAGGUUUCUUUGACAAACUAAUAUUACAUACAAAAGGUUAUCUUUUCUGGUUUCUCAUUCUCCCUCCCUCUCUCUCUCUUCCUCUCUUCAUGUGUGUGCGUGGGCGUGUGUGUGUGUGUGUGUGUGCAUGUUUGGUUAGGCAGCUCACUUGAUCUAUUCUUAAUUUACCUAAUCAGUUUCAUUUCUGAUGAAAGAAUGUUCCCUAAUAACAACAUUGACAACAUUUUCAAACGCACAUCAAUGGUGUAUAGUUUCCCUCCACAAUCACCUACUUUUUUCUUCUUCUGACGA